CCGUUUCAGUUCAUUCAUCGCUUUGGUAGUUGUCGAGUGUGUACUUAGGUCGGGUCCGCUUUUCCGUCACGACGAAGUCCGUUUUUCGCUGCAAAAGCCAAGUCCGUGUUUUUUACCGAUUUCCGAAAAAAAAGUAAAUAACAUCUAAGCAAACAAUUGUUCGACGUUUCGAGCACUGUUUCGUAGUGUGUUUUUACCCCUCGCAAGGCUACACGGCUAGGCUGCGGUAUAGUAUACGGGUACGGUACACGGUUACCGCGGCUGGUUUGUUAUAUUAGCUGGUGCUUCUGUGUGUGCGGGUCGCCCAGGACAUUAUUUAGCCACAAUAAUAGUCCGUUGCGUUUGGUAGAGUGUUAACGGUAGCGGUAGCAAUUUUCCCGUUUGUGCUGAAAGUGUGUUUGCAAUCGUUCGUUCAAUCGUUCGACGGCGUGCUGAAAAGUGUGUUUGAAAAGAAGUGUUUCUGCCAGUAGAGAAAGAGAGCAAAAAUUAAAGCAAAUCAAUCCCAAGCUGUCGAUCGUUUCUCGACCCAUCAACCCGACCGAUCGUGUGAAGUGUUUCUGCUCGUGUGCGAUUGAUUCAUUGUUGUUUCAUCACAUCCUUCCCGGUGUCUGUGCGACAGUGCUGUUGCGUGAGUUGCGGUUUUUGUGUGUGGUGUAGUGAGUAGAGUUAGUCGGAAAAAUUAAAAUAAUAUCGUCGCAUAUAUAAUAAUACCCAAAAAGCAAAGCAAAUAAUUAAAAGCAACCGUGUGUGCCACAAUUUUUCCGUCGAGGUAAAAGCCUGAGUUGUGAGUAAAAGUCCGCAAAAGGCAAGGAAAAAGUUUACAGCUCGGUUCGGUACGGUUGUGCAGGUCGUUGCGCGAAUUAAUUCCCCGUGCUAGAUAUCCUUCAAGCUUCAGCCGCCCGCGUCGAGACCGUGUUUUCUUCUGCCGAGCAGUCGUAAAUUACAGCACCGUAGCAAAACAACCCCAUUUUCGCGCGCGCAAACGAGAUGGAGCACCAGAAUCAGGAUCUCGGUGUGCACCCGGGCAACAAUCAGGCGGAGGUGCCGAACGAUCCAGGAAAAAUGUUCAUCGGCGGUCUCAGUUGGCAAACAAGUCCAGAAAGCUUGAGAGACUACUUUAGCAAAUUUGGAGAAAUUACAGAAGUAAUGGUUAUGAAAGAUCCCACCACAAGACGAUCGAGCUCGUCUGCGAUGGGAUUGGCUGAUUCCUCGGCUCCUCUGUAUUCGCGACCAAGGGGUUUCGGCUUCAUCACAUUCGGCGAUCCUGCCAGCGUAGACAAAGUGUUAGCACAUGGUACCCAUGAAUUAGAUGGCAAAAAGAUCGAUCCCAAAGUAGCAUUUCCAAGGAGGGCACAUCCAAAGAUGGUGACGAGAACGAAGAAAAUUUUCGUGGGCGGGCUUUCAGCGCCAACCACGCUGGAGGACGUUAAAAGCUACUUCGAACAAUUUGGACCGAUUGAAGAUGCGAUGCUAAUGUUCGACAAACAAACCAACCGGCACAGAGGCUUCGGAUUUGUCACAUUUCAGAGUGAAGAUGUAGUGGACAAAGUUUGCGAAAUUCACUUCCAUGAAAUCAAUAACAAAAUGGUCGAAUGUAAAAAAGCACAGCCCAAAGAAGUGAUGCUUCCAGCGAAUCUGGCCAAAACGCGCACCGCCGGGCGUGGGACAUACGAUUUUAUGUGGUCGCUGGGGACAUUACCUGAUGGUUUCCCCGCUGCCGCGUACGCUGCGUACGCAGCCGGCCGUGGCUUUUCCGGCUACCCGAGCUUUGGACUACCGUACCCAACAGUUGACAUCACCAAUGGACAGUUGACACCGAACAACAACACACCGUUACUGACGCAGGCUCUUUCGGUGAUGAACAAUUACCAGGCCGCUGCUGCGGCCGCCGCGCAAGGCUUCGGUCCGCCAGCGUCCCCGCACACCACCACCACCCGGACCGCCGCCGGCUUCCCGAACGCGAACUCGCCCGGACCGACGAUCGACAUGUACAGCUCGAGCGCGGCGGACAGCGUCGGUUACGUUCAAGCCACCAGCCCGCAACCAUCCGGCUUCCCAGCGAUUGCCGUCAGUCGUGCUCCGCUAAAUUACAGCCCGGGCCAACUAAUUCCAGCGGCAUUCACCAACGGCUACCAUUGAAACAAACUAAGCAAUAUUUGAUCACCAUCGCUAGUACUUUGGACUGGAGUUUGACAGACGAGCAGCUGCUUGUGCGCGUGAAUUUGCUGACUAAAACGGACAAGUGGAACCCGAAAAACUGUGGAGCAAGGUUGAAGAAGAUACAGAUAAGAACCAACAACACAUACACACACAUACAGCCAGAAAUUAUGAACCGUUUUGUCACAACAGUUGGUGCAAUACAGCAGCAGCAGCAGCAGCAGCAGCAGCAGCACCGCUUCUCGUCAUCAUUAUUAUCAUCAGCAACAUCACUAACCAGCCCAAACUGCAGAAUGGUCUGCGCACAGGAAGCGGAUGGUCGGAAGGCAGGUUUAUAUGGCGAUUAAUGGUUCAGAGAAAUUGGAAAUGGUAUGGUUUUUUUUAUUAGAAAAUAAUUUCACUAUUAUAGGAGUAAACUGGGAUUUGGUUUUGGUAUUUUAAAAAAAUAUGCCAAAACGCUGUUAAAAUAAUAAUGAGUUGAGAGAAAAUUGGUUUGUUUGAAGCAAACUGCUUCGAGUUUGUUUAGCGUAAAUGAAAGUAAUUGAAAUGUUGCCGUGAGUGGCUAUCAAAAUUGGCUAUACUUUCCAACCGGGAAAGGUGGAUUAAUGAAAUUGGCUCAAAAGCCUCAUAAGCAAUCAAAUUUUCACUGUAUGAGAACAUUUUUUCCCAUAACGUUCUUAUACAGAGUAGAAUAAAGCACACACACACGUCUGCCUAACUUCCUGUUAAUUUACCAAGUAUCCUCAGAAAGGCCACUAGCCACAGCUUUGUUUGUGGUGGAUAGUUGUCAAUUGCAACGUAAUUAUAACAUUGUUUGUAUUGCUUGUGUGGCAACCAGAACGGGCCCACACUUUUCCCACAGUUUCCGCCGCAGUGGUUGGCAUUAAGAGAAAAUACAACAAUAACAAAAAAACAUCAUCAUCGGCUUACAGUGUGUGUGUGUGUGUGCAGAUGUAUCGUUGUAGUGUUUCGUUUUGUUCACAAUUCGCUUUUAAAGCAAACCCUUUAUUGUACACUAUAACCAUUACACUGGUGUUGCCGUUGCUGCUGCAUCACAACGGCUGACGUUGAUGUGGUUUGUGUGUUGUUGUGCUUGUGGCGGCCUCUGCUCUUCGAAGGGGAAGCAUCGCUUACCCAUUUUCGCAAGAUGCGAAGUCUACCAAGUUGUCUAGAAACGUGGCGGAAAGGGAUGUGAGAUAAGAUAAAAAAGUGGCGGGGUGGCGGUAACAAUCUAACGUUAAUAGAACCAGCCCCCCAACGGGUGUUUAAGGCAGUCAAAUUUCACGAGCAGCCAAGCGCAAGGCAAAUGGUAUAUUAUGAACAAAAGGAAGCGAGGCAGAAUAAUGGAAAAAGUUGCAAAUGCAAAAAAUUAUUAACAAACAAAUCAACCCUCAACACACACUCACACACGUUGCUGUCGCGAAAAGCAAACCACGUGCUGUGUGGAAGGGUGAAAAUAAGCGUUAUACACACAGACACACAGACACACAGACACACACACCAAACACAUCCAACUCGAUAUACUAAAACAAAAAUGAGCAUACAAACUACACUUUAACACACCUAAACACACACACACAUAUUAAUGUUAAGCGAAACUAAACAUGAUUGUUUAAACCUAUGAGCUAAACGAAACAAAAAUCAACACGAUUUGUUUUGCAAAAAGAACAAACAAAAAAAAACAUGGAAGGUAGAGGGAGAAGGAGAGAUGAGAACAGCAAAAAAACCCAAUUUGUUAUUACGAAUAAUUACUAUUUACUUAAUGUCUUUUUGAAUUUAAGCCAAUUUAAAAAGCAAAUACUUAGCUAAAUGAAAACAAAAGCAACCAAAAAAAAAAAACAAAACAAAACACAAAAAAUACUACCCCCGAAAAAUAAAAAAUCUUACAUGCAAUCUAUAAAUGAAAAGCGUGCAUGAAAACGCGUGGGCGGGUGGUUGGGGAGGAGAAACUCUAACAAAAGAACCAAAAAUUUACCAUUCUCUUAACGAAGAAAAGAACGUUGCAAAACAUAGUAAACGCCCUCCUUGACAUUCAUUUCAUACAUACGGAAAACCACACACACACACACACACACACACACACUCACAUCACAGCCUCUGACCGUACACAGACAAACUAUAGAUAGAAAUGGGAAGGGGAGGAGAAGAGUGUAUGGGAGGAGUGGAAAGCAUGGUGGGGGAGCACGGGGCGAUGGGAUUGUGUGGGGGGCCCUGCAGCCGUGCAUCCUUUCCCUGCGAUGCACUAGGCAGCACAGGAUGAAGCGUUGCACGUGGGGAGGAGUGAACCACCAACACCGCAACAACGCGCCUGCCAUUGUUUCCCCCCCCCCCCCCCCCGCAAUGCAUUGUACAGACCACACUGCAAGUGUGCAUGUAGUGAGGCUGAUGUGUGACACACACACAACUUUCCAGCUGACACAAUUAGAGGAAGAAAAAACAAACCAUUUAAGCAAAACAAACACACUCGUGAUCAUCCUCCUCCUCCCUUUAUGAUAGUAAAAGUAUGCAACACAUUCGACGCAUAACGAUCAACACCAGAACCCACACACACACACAUAGACACACACACACACACACACUCUAUCAAUUAUGGAACAAUUAUUACGUUUGCUACAAGCAUAUUUAACGAUUUAAUGUAACUUUUUUUACAACGGUAAUAGCAGCAGGUAAAAGAUGGUACGCUAGUGGUCUUAGGUAUAAAAAUAUAUAAAUAUAUAAAUAUAUAUUAUAUAUAUUUAUGGAAGACAGAAUCGAGGGACGGGGGGGAGGGGGGGAGGGCAUGAGGAACACGAUUGAAACAACCACACACUACAAAACAAACCCCCCGACAAAGCAGUGAAGGAAGGUAAAACACUUUCUGGCGGGUGCGUAACCGUAGUGCGCGUUAACGUUGCGUACAACGGCAGCGGUAUGAAUUGCUGUGCUGUUUUUUCUUUCUUUCCUUCUGCUGCGAAAGCAACGCAUACACCGUUAUGCGCUACGUAUUUGUGGGGAAAUGUAUGCAGUUCGGCCACUUUUAAUAUUCAUCGUUACUUUUUACUGUUUCCUUGUCGUUUUAUAUUCCUGUUUGCUAUUUCGGUUCUCAAAGCACACGGCGCCACGCGGUGAAGCAAAGGAGCAAACAACAAACAAACAAACAAACAAACAAAAUAUACACAAUGCUGAAAAUGCCCCACAAAACACACACACACACAAACAACACUCACAAAACACAGAACAUAAUAGAGAAACCGAGCGGCGCGCAGGCAAAGAAAGGAAACAAUUUAUUAUAGUAAUUGAAAUUUUUCCUCCCCAAACAGAAGUAAAGAAAUAAAAAAAAAAGAAGCACGGCAAGUCGGAAAAAGAUUGAUGUUUGUAUGAAAUAGAUAUGGAGAAAAAUAUUAAGUAACAAAAAAACGGAAAACAAAAAGAAGGAAACCCUGAACGCUGGUGAUGAUGGAAGGUGAAAACGCAAUAAUUGUUAUAUUAGUACGAUGAUGAGCGGCAGCAGUCUUCGUAGGAGGAAGCUGGCAGGAGGAAAGUAGCGGCGCAGACAGCAGACGCUUAUGCGACGGAGCUAAUGAAAGAAGAAGUGCGCUGAAUGUGGCGCUAGCGAAGGGGGUGGUACAGGGGAGGUUUUUGGGGGGGGCCCUGGUGGCACCAGCUAAUUAAUUAAAAUAAAUGACAAUGACAGCAGCAGCAAAGUCGGAUGGGAGAGGUGCGUACCGCUUCUAAAUUACGGCUCCUCGGCCGGGGUACCUCGUUCUGUGUAAACGUCCCAUUUCAAUAGUUACACAUACGUGCACACAUACUCUCACACACACACACACACACACACUAAUGCACAAGCGCGUGCAAGUAGGAUUGGUGGGUGGACAAACGCGAAAAAAAACAGAAAUCAAUUAACAAACCACAGAGAAAACACAGAGAGCGGGGCGGAUGGUGGCGCAUUGUAUUCGGUGUCACUGUUCACUGUUUGGCCAUUCGGCGCGGAUGUGCACUAAUAGCCUAUACAUUUAAAUAUUGAAAGUAAACAAUUCAUAUACAAUAACAAUGCAACGUUUAACGGUCACAUCUUCAUCAAAUUCUUGCCCUUGCUUUUUUCCCGCAUAGAACAAACAUUCGGGGCAAACUUGUGGAAAAUUGCAUCCUUUUUACAAAGCAAUGUGUGUGUGUGUCUGCGUGUGUGUAUGUUUGUGUGCAGUUUUGAAGAGCGGGAGCGUUUGGAGCAAUUUUACACUCUUACCGCAAACAAGGUAAUAGUUUGCACUCUGUCAUUACUCACUCAACCAUCACAAGCAUGAUAAUAAACCAAACCAAAAAAAAAAAAAAAAAGAAACGUUAUCAGCAAAUAUUCACCCUCCCCUCCCAAACAAACAAACAAAAAAAAACUUCACAUAAACAAUUUCACAUAACUUUAAGGGAACUCUUACUACAAAAUACCACACAAACUCACACGAUUCAAUUCAUCAAAAACUCAAAAGCAAAUUAAUGAACGAAUAACGAAAACAAAACGACGUGAGGAGAAGAAUGAAAACAACACACACACACACAAAAAACAACAAUGGGAAACAGCAUAUUUAGCAUCAUUCGAAAGGAACAGCAGUGGCGGCAGACAAAAGAGAAGACAGAAAAUCACACUUGUAAAAUAUUAUAAAUAUAUAACUAUGUCGAGAUUGAUGCAGAUGCAGGAGCAGAUAAAAGCGCAUUAAAACAGAGCGAUGCCGGCAAAAAAAAAGGGGAAGCAAAAGAAAUGAACUCACGGCAGCACAUAUAGGCUAAAGAUGUGGACAGCAGCUCCAGUGCAGCAAACAGUAGGUACAUAGAGGUGAAAAAUGAAGCAAAACAAAAAACUGGAGCAAUUCCGCGGGAUAGAUUGAUAACAUAACAAACUCAAACCUAAAACCCGAUCACAGAUGAAUUAAUGAACGUGAAGGUUGAUAGAAAAAAAAGCAGCAAAAACAACAACAACAACAGGACAACAAUUAGCAACAGAAACAGCAACAGCAGGCAAGGAGAGAACAAAAGAAAAAUACACCCAAAAAAUAAACACAAGCAGAACCAGAACCACAUGCAGUGCGCAGCAGCAGGAAGACGCAAGGAAGAACAAAUCUUAGUUAAAUAUAAAUUAUAUUAAAAUUUAAAUUAAAUAAUUGAAAGAAAAGAAAAAAAAGUAAAACAAAUAUUUAAAAAUACUAUGAUAAUAAAUUACAAUUAUUAUAAAUUAAUUUUUAUCAUAACUGAUGCGUGUGAUGAUGUGUGGGCCAUGCCGGGCCCAACGAUGCGUUAAUAUGGGACACAAAAGCCAUGCAAGCACACACGCAACAACAACAAAGAAAAGUACAUGGUUGGCGGCGCGUGUAACAAACACAAAAACGUAAAAUUGCGAACAAUAUGGUCUCUAGAAACGCUCUGCUAGAGGGUGGACCCCGGGUGGAAGGUAACGUUUUUGCCAAGUCUGUGUCUAGUGCCCACAGCCCGCCGCACCCGCCGCAACCGUGCGCGUAUGUGUGCGCGCGGGGGGUUUGAGCCUUGUUUGAUUCUUGAUGCCUGCCGAUGAGGGCGGAUCAUCAAUAUGAUCAUCAUCAUCAUCAUCAUUUGCCUGGUCAAACUACCUUUUAAAAGGGAGAACGGAAGGGGACAGAUAGAGAGAGAGAGAUCGAUAAAUGAGAUCAAAUACACAUACAUACACACAGCAGCAAAAACACACAAACAAGGAAUAGCACAAACAGGAAAGACGUCAUUGAAGAAACAACAACAAAGAAAGAAAGUAAGCACCAAACCAGACGACACCCGGCGUGUCUCUUUUGAGGGGAUAAAACGAGGGCACUCUAGGUGUCUGUUGUUUUCCCUCCCCCCCCCCCCCCCACCCUCUCAGUCUAAUACGAUGUGACAGGGUGGAAGCUGGCAACGCGAGAAUAAAACCACAUUUACCGACACAUUUACAGCAAUGAACAGCAGCAAGAAAGCGUACGCAACAAGCAAAAAAAAAAAACAAGAAAAUUAAAAACAACUUAAGAAGCAACACAAUUUUCUCUAACUCUAUGCUAAAUAACGUAAAGUUUAACAAACCACCACAUCCCAAGCAAAAAAUCCAAACAAACCAAAAGCAACCGGACAAAGUAAGUACGGUAAACCAAAUACCCAAAUACCGCGCAUUAACAUUCUAUAACUGCAAAAUAAGAAUAAAACCAAUUGCCUGAAUAUGUGACAUGUAAGCAGGAGACGCAAACAAGGAGAAGAAGAGAAAAUAAAACAUAAAAAUACACAGACACCCACACACACACACACAAACUAAACCAAACGAAUAAAACGCUAUAAAUCCCACAAUUUUCUUCUAAACAAUAAUGUGCGAGAGCAACACAAGGAAACACAGCUUACAGACACAAGACGACAACAACAACUACUACAGCAACUGCUAGAACAACGUACACAUUCUCUCAAAUGAAACACAAAACAACAACAACAACAACAACCACCACAGAAACAGACAAAAAAAAUAACAAAAUGAACAAAUACAAUUAACAAUUGUGAAUUAUGAUGAUUAUUACAAUUAUUGCUAGCUAGUAAAAGCAGAAAGAAACCAGAUACCGCUCUCGGAGAAGACGUUAGCGCAGGGAGCGAACCAAAACAUGGAUGAAUGGAAAUACAUUUACGGGAGCGCGUAAGCGCGUGCGCACGCGUUGCACACUUUAAACAACAACAACAACAAAAAAAAAACAUAUUCUACUUUUAUUAAGCAAAGAAAUAAAAACAAAAACAAAACAAAUGAAAGUAAGCAAGUCCCCACCAACCAAGAAACAAAAACAAAACAAAUUAAAAAAAACAAACAAACAAAACAAACAAGGAAAACUCAGAAGCACACUCUAGGCAGAAAGGGAAACAUAAAUAAAUAAAAAACAAAAAAAACACUCGUUUAUGGUCAUGCCAAUGGUAGCAGUGCGUGAUACCGUGAUGGGUGAGGUGUAGCAAUGUCAGAAUAAGAGACGUAAUGUAACGUGGUGUUACCGUGGUCUAGCUGCGGCACCGGAGAUAACACAAACAGAAAAGAAAAAAAAACACACACACACAGAACGGCCACAGACACACUGACACUACACGCACACACACACACGAACAAACAUACAUACACGAGCCCCCGGGGCACCAGCAAAACCGUGGGGACCAGGCAAUGGGAGAAGA